AUGCUACGCCGCAACAGCUCUCGCAACAAACAGAGGCGUCCUCUUGGCCGGAGCAAGUCGACCACGUCGAUCCCCCGGAGCCCCGUCAGCCGCCUCGUCAGCAUCGAGCCCGCCGUGGCAGAGCGAGACGCCCAUAUUGCCGCCACUCUGUCGUACCAUCGGGCCCACGCGCACGAAAGGCACCGCUACGACAUGCCGUCUACACCGCGUGGUCCUCGAACCUUUGCAGCGUCCACGGGCAACGGCAGUCCUGGCGGGCACGGCUUGACCCCUUCUUCGGACGCGAUACACAGCCAUCAAGACUCGUCGAUAAACUGUUCUCUCGCGAGGCAGCAGAGCGUCCGGUUCGCCGGACCAAAUGCCAGGCCCAGGCGAGCCCUGGCUCCCAGAGCAAACCAAGCAUCUCUUUCGCCGGCCCACCAGAGACUUGAUGCCGUGCGGCAUUUGCCCGUCGGUCGCGGACAGCUCAGCUUUUCCGACAACGGAAGCUAUCUAGGUGCCAGCGACGCCACCCGGAGCCUUGGUCGCGUCAGUCAGCUGUCAGGCAAUGCUCUGUUCCUCGAGUCCAGCGCCGGCACGGCGCUCCCCUCGAUUGGGCGUUUGCGAAAAUCAAGGUCCACGCUCACCUACCCCGUUCCACCCUCGCCACAGUUCGAAUUGAGCGAAGGCCCGGCAGAACGGCUCAGGGACUGGCUUUCCAACCCUCUACAUGGCUCUGAAGACAAGGAAAAUGAGCCGGCAGGGCUCUCUCGACCUUUUGCUCUCCGAGCUCCCAGAUCCAUGAGUUUCCUCCGAGGCCACGGACACUUGUCGAGGAGCAGCCGAAAUGAUACCAGCUUGUCUGGCCAUGAUGACGCCGCCGAGCAGCUACCUGAUUUUGAUGAGCCACGCCGUCUCCUGAGAUCGCAGCCGUCAGCCUUCUUUCGGCCCAAGCACCGGCGUUGCGGGAGCUCGGCGGGGCUGCCCAAGUCCCUGCGCAACAGCAGCAACGGCAGCGCUGCGCUUUCGUCGGCCUUUUCUGGCAGCUCGAUUCCCGUGUCGAAACGGACCGGGCUGCGAGUCAAGGCCCGGAAGGUCUCGAGCACGUUGAAAAGCAAGUUCAAGGGACUCUUCCGGCCCAGGAGCGCCAAUGACGCCAUCGGAGAGACAUUGCGCAUGCCCCCUUCGUCUGGCUCAGACAGCGGCGCCAGCUAUCGUCGGAUGGGCAACACCCCGGAGCCUGAGGAGGCAUCCAUGUCCCGAGUGCCGUCCCACGUACCGUCACUGCACGCAGUCCCGUCAAACCAGCAGCUGCGUUCGCGCCAGGGCAGCCUGGAGAGCCUCCGCAUUGAGCAGAACCUCUCGUCCGACGACAAGUCUCGCGUUACGAGCUGGACCAACUCGAGCGCCCACACGGUGGCGAGUGUGACUUCCCAUGCCGACUGGGAGCGCCAGCGUCUCUCCGUCAUCAAGGAAAAUGGCACGCACGUUUCGUCAUGCGCCGCGGCUCGCCCGAUGAAUCCUCUCGUGGGAUCGAAGCCUCCGCCGGGCUCGCUUACGCCUGGUACCGCGAUCGACAGCCAGCGUGUAUAUGCAGCCUUAAUGAAGAGGCUGGACGAAACGCGACAGCAAACGCACACGAAGCCAAGUGCGGUCACGCACGAGGCGUGCAACGUUGUGUCGUCGCGGGACAGCCUCGUCGAACAGGCCAGCUCUCAGGCGUGGCCGCCGCCAACGAUUCGCUGUGUACAGGCAGAGGACGAUGUCUUCCAAGACAAGGCGUUGGAUUCGUCGUCGCAAGGGGCGGAUGAUGUGCCUGCGGAAGACGAGUUUCAAAGCACCAAACGAUCCGGCUCGGCCCGCUCGGCGUCGUAUCAGGCUUACCCCAAGCCGACGGCGGGCGAUGGCAGAGGCCUGUCACCUCGAGGCAAGCCGAGACCUGGGGCCGAUGCGCAGCGUUUGGCUCACAGGAGCUCGGCAUUUUAUGCCAGCCCAGCGAGCCACCUCUUUCGCACGGCAAGCCCGUAUCGCCGGGCGCUCCGCGAGAGCAUCAAGGAAGCUCAAGAGUCGGAGUGUGCUCACGCUCUCGACGCCAGAUAUCUCAGCACCCUUUCGGCGCUCAGCCUCCCAACGCGUCGCCCAAGCACGGCCGGAUCGGAUAGAGAAGCUCGUACGAGCGACGCCGGGAGCGUUUAUUCGAGCACUGCUGAAGACGUCAAGGCCGGCCAGCCCGAAAACAAUGCGGACGCUGGUGAAAGCACUUGCUCUUCACUCAACUACCAUGGCCAUGCCAACGAAACAAGUUUUGCUGACCCGCCGGCAUACAAUGCACCGGCCAUGGCUCACGGCCGCAACAUUUCGUCGGCGAGCUCGGUCGAGUGGAAGACGUGGCUUAGCGCCAACGUGUCCAAGCUGGAAACCCCUUCGACAACAAUGAGUGCCGAAAGCCGGGGGGAAUUAUGUCAUGGCUUGCCGCCGUCUUUUGGCCACGUCAGAGAGCAGGCCGAAAUCGAAUCGCCGGGCGACUUGCCGAUGCCCGAGAUGCUCAGGGCGGCGGGAUUGGACAGGGCAACGCCGGCCAGGCAAAUGUCGGAGAGCCCGUAUCAGGCGUCGCCUAGUACUGCGGCGCAGCGGCGCAGGAGUCAUGGUCUGGGCGGGCCUCCUCUUAUCCCCUCUCGAAGCAGCCUUCGCACCGCUCCGUCCCUGCCAGGCACUCAGUCCAGCGUGCACGCGGAUGCAGAGCGACAAGAUGCCAGGCUGCCGCGAAUGCGCUCCCUCAACACCAUGGCCACUCGAAGUUCCCCAGCGCGAGAUGAUCAGGUGCCAAAGCGACGGGGGCAGCCCUGCAUGGGCUUUGGCGGUGUUUCCCCGGCGCAGUCGAGCCCUGGGCUGACGGCAGCUGUUGAGAAGCAGUUUGGCAAGCUCAGCACAGGUUCCCCAAGGAGGGGAUAUGACUGGAAGGCAGAGGGGGAUGCCACGACCCCAAAGCGCAAGGCUGGCGGUAGAGUCGAUGAUGCAGGAUCGGCGGGCUCGAGCUGGGACGCUCAGGUGAUGGGAAGCAAGAGAAUGGUGGACCUGUUUCUCAGCAGUCGCCGCAGGCGAAUCGAGGGCAGUGCGAUGGGGACUGAGAGCGAGAAUACGUCGUUAGUGUUUUUAUGA